AUGCCAGCCCUCCCAGCCGAUGGCGACUACAUAACCAUCUCACAACUCGUCGAACCCCCCACCGUCCCCAGCUGGCGCUCUCACGACCCAGCCCGCAACGCCAAACGAACCGACCCUUUUGCGUUUGGACAACGCUUCCUCGAAGAAGGUGACGACGUCUUUGCGUACAACGCCUGGGACCACGUCGAAACCGACGAAGACUACAAGGCCUACGCCGAACUACAGUAUGCAAAACAGCGCGAAAACCCCGCUUCAGACUGGCACAAGACGCUCUAUAACUCGAAUCCGGCGAAAUUCUGGGAUCGGUUUUAUAAGAAUCAUAAUCAGAACUUCUUCAAGGAUCGGAAAUGGUUGAGGCAGGAGUUUCCGGUGUUGGCGGAAGUCACGAAACAGGGUGCGGGGCCUAAGGUGGUGUUGGAAGUUGGCGCUGGCGCGGGAAAUACGGCGUUCCCGUUGAUCAAUAAUAAUGAGAAUGAGGAGUUGAGGGUUUUUGCGUGUGAUUAUUCGCAGAAUGCGGUCCAGGUGAUGAGGAAGAGUGAGCAUUAUAAUGAGAAGUUUAUGCGCGCCGAGGUAUGGGAUGUCACAUCUGAAGAAAAAGAGGUCGAGGGAGAGAUAAAGUCUGCCAUGCCGCCUGGCGUGGAAGAAGGCUCAGUUAAUGUCGUGAUUCUCAUCUUCAUCAUGUCUGCACUAGCCCCGAAUCAAUGGAAUGCGGCUCUUCGGAAUAUACAUCGAGUUCUUAAACCGGGUGGUCUGGUUUUGUUUCGUGAUUAUGGCCGUGGCGAUCUUGCGCAAGUGCGGUUCAAGAAGGAGCGCUAUCUGGCAGAGAAUUUCUAUGUGCGGGGCGAUGGCACGAGAGUCUACUUCUUUGACGAGGAGGAAUUGACGCAGAUUUGGAGUAGUUGGACGCCAGAGAAGGGCUUGCCGAUGGUGAAUAACGAUAAAGAUGGCGAAAGUGACCAAACAGAGAAUAAAGAGGAACAACACACGGAGAAUACCGCCGAGAAAAUAUUAGAAGAAACAGGCGACAAGCAGCCAGAACAGGAGCAGACAGAGGGCUUCGAAGGCGCCUUCGAGGUGCUGAAUCUCGGUAAAGAUCAAAGACUUUUGGUCAACCGCCAAAGAAAGUUAAAAAUGUAUAGAUGCUGGCUACAGGCUCGUUUUAGGAAACGCAUUCCAGGUGAGUCCAGUGAUCAGGAAUCGGCACCAACAGCCGAGUCGGUCACAGAGGGACUUGCGGCUACUACUUUAUAG